AUGGACCGGUUGGACCAACUUGCUUCUUGGUCCAGUGGACCGGUUGGACCAACUGGCCGUUGGUCUGAUGGACCGGUUGGACCAACUGGCCUGUUGGCCCGAUGGACCGGUUGGAGCAACUGGCUUGUUGGUCCAGUGGACCGGUUGGACCAACUGGCCUGUUGGUUCAGUGAACCGAUUGGACCAACUGGCCUAUUGGACCCUCUUGGAGAUGCCUCACUCGUACCACUGCCCCCUCCUCCGUUUCCUCCCAUGGCCUGCCCUCUCCUCCCGGCACUCAUCCUCCCUCCCUUCUUCCCUCUGCCCUGUGCCCCUACUUUCUCUUCCUUCCCUUCCUCUUCUUCUGCUGCUGCUCCACACGCCUGUGUCUCCAAAUUCUCUUCUUUCCCUUCCUUUUCUGCUGCUGCUGCUGCACACGCCUGUGUCCCCAACGUCUCUUCCUUCCUUUCCUCUUCUGCUGCUGCCGCUGCACACGCCUGUGCCCCAACUUCUCUCCUUCCCUUCCUCUUCUGCUGCUGCUACUACACACGCCUGUGCCCCCCAACUUCUCGUCUUUCCCUUCCUCUUCUGCUGCUGCUACUGCACACGCCUGUGCCCCCAACCUCGCUUCUUUCCCUUCCUAUUCUGCUGCUGCUACUGCACACGCCUGUGCCCCCCAACUUCUCUUCUUUCCUUUCCUCUUCCGUUUCCGCUGCUGCUACUGCGCACGCCGGUGCUCUCUCCUUCUCUUUCCUCCCUGCCGCUUCUGCUACUUCUGGUUUGCACGCCUGUGCCCCCACCUUCACUGCCCCGCUUUCCGCUUCCGCUACUGCUGUCAUGCACGCCUGUGUCCCCACCUUCACUGCCCCGCUUUCCGCUUCCGCUACUGCUGUCAUGCCCGCCUGUGCCCCCACCUUCACUACCCCGCUUUCCGCUUCCUCUACUGAUCGCCUACCCAUGACUGCUGCCGCCUUCUCCGCCACGUCGGACCUAUGCUCCUUCCCCCCUCUCUCUCUUGAGCCUCCCCAUAUCUCUCCGAUCCCCACCCUGGUCUCUCCCUCUUCUCCGGGGAAUGUUCUUUCCAACGCCCCUCCCUUCGGCCCGACCUGUGGCGCGUAG